AUGAGUUUCAGAGGAGGGAGAGCCGGUGGUAGCCGAUCUCUGCUACCGUUUGGGCUGGACUAUCAUGACAUAAAAAAGACGGGUGAGGAUGAGCCCUUGAAAUACCCUCUACCCGUUAACUCUCAAAUGACACAGAAAGAGAGAGAUUCAGCCAAGCAUCUCAUUAACUUCACAAAACUGAUGCGGGAUGGACCGUUUUACACAGGAAAGUUGGAUUCUGUGGACUCGGACAAGUCGAAUAAAAAAGCUGAAAAGGAUGCAAAUUAUUACGAAGGCGGAAUAAAUGACGGGAUCAAGAGGUACUCCGACAGGUACAGAAAGAAGAGAAAAACGGUUCGGUCCAUUGAUGACCAUCCGUAUAUAAUACAGUUUUUCCCUGAUGAGCUUUUGUCCGUAAUGGGCGUUGAUAACAGCAAGAAGAAGAAGCUUCUCUCGAUUUCGCGGUACAAGAUUUCUAGUGAUCCAAACUUUGGAGAUUUGAUCAAGAAAUCUGAGGAUAAAUCCAGCGAGAUCAUGUCCCGUCUCCAGGAUGUGGAAGAAGACACGACCACCAACCAAGAGGUGGAGAAUGACGAAGAUGUGGAAGAAGAUGACGAGUUUGAGGAAGACGAAGAUGACGAUUAUAAUGCUGAGAAGUAUUUCGACGAUGGUGAUGAUGACGGAAGAGACGAUGACGAUGGUGGAGACGAGGCAGCUUUUUAG